GUCAGGCCUCAGGGGACAGAGCGCGGCCCUGCACCUGCAAACAGACCGUGCCCGCGUUUCGUGUUGGAUGGAGCGUUGCUCAGAAUUAAGCCACCGUGCAACGUCUUAAUAAAACAACAGGGGAAAGCCGGAAAAGAUGAUGAAACUACCCGAGAAUCAGUAACACUCUGUGCUUCAUAAUUCGAAGGUUUGAAUAGCUCACAAUUAGCAUCAUCAUUUGCAAAUGCAAUGGAAGGGGACAAGACUGAAGAUGGCCAGGGUAUUCUACAACUUAAUGUGCAGGGAUGUUUGUACACAGCCAGGCUUGAGUCUUUAUGCCGUUUUAAGGAUUCAAUGCUAGCUUCUAUGUUUAGUGGACGCUUUCCUCUAAAAGUGGAUGAGUCAGGAGCAUGUGUAAUUGACCGAGAUGGAAGACUGUUUAAAUAUCUUUUGGAUUAUCUGCAUGGAGAAGUUCGGAUUCCUGAAGAUGAACAAACUCGAACUGCACUGCAGGAGGAAGCAGAUUAUUUUGGCAUCCCUUACCCAUACAGUCUGUCUGACCAUUUGGCCAAUGAAAUGGAGACAUAUUCUUUAAAGUCAAAUAUAGAGCUUAAAAAGGCUUUGUUAGAUUUCUGUGACUCUUAUGAUUUGGUUUGUACCAAGCCCACAGUUUGGGUCCUGCACUAUCUCAACACUUCUGGAGCAAGCUGUGAAAGUAAAAUUAUUGGUGUGUAUGCCACAAAAGCUGAUGGGACUGAUGCAGUUAAUACGGAGCUGGGAACAAAAAUUAAUCAUAAAAGCAUUUACAAAAGAGAAGCUGGAAAUAACAUCCAAUACAUCUGGAGCUAUUAUUCAGUACCUGACUUAAGAAAGAUGAUGGAUGCUUUCAGUGCCUGGGAUGGGAGAGGUAUCAGCUACUGGAGAGUACCUCAGGAGCUGAUAGAAUGUUGGACUCUUGAAGAAUGCCCUUUGGAAGCCAGUUUGCAUCAUAUGCCUCCAGUUCGUAAAAGACGAUUAAUCAACUUUACUGAAGAGGAAGGCUAUUUACCGUGUAAAGUGGGGCCCAAGCCAAUUAGAUUCUCAGGUCCCUCAACAAGUACCCAUAUCAAAGUCAAGAAUUCAGCCUCUAAGGCAGCUGCUUGCCAUGUUUCAUGUUCUUCAGUGACUCUGAAAAGACCCAACACUGAAAAUGUGACACUGCACAGAGUAGCUUCUGAAACUGUAUCCACAACGUGCCCAGCAGUGCCCAGCAAUUCCCAGGCACCCUGCAGAAGGCAGAGUGCUGACAAUGGGACACCACAUCAAGCAACAUUCAAGAUCACAAUGUCUAAGAAGCCCCUAAGCAACUGUGUAGUAAAGCUGAAGCGACCUCCCCUGUUUCUUGGGACACCAUCUCAGACAUCUUCUUCUAUAUCCAGUGAAACAAGCAAACAGGACGGUGCUGCUGUUGAAACUCCUACUACUUCUAUGGUACCAGACAUGAACGAGCCAGCUGUAUUAGAGAGUGUUAAGCCUAAGAAUGAUAAAGUGGAUGGAUAAUGUUUGACUCAGCCUGAUAGACUGGAUAGCUUUGCAUUAUCUGGUCAAAGAGGAUCAUCAUCAACGUGUGGUUAUUUAUUCAAAGAUUUGCUAGAAAACUGUGAUGAAAAAGUUUGUGAGAAGCAUAGGAAGAAACUCUUUUAAGUGAGCACUGAAGUGUAUUUUCUGCUUUACUUCGAAAUAUAUUCUAGAUGUUGGAAACGGAGGAAUUAAAAUGGAUUAAAAACCCUCUCAAACACAG